GAAAUAACAGAAGACGAUAACAACAGGCGAGUGGCCACGGAUGCUCGAGAAACCGGACUAGCACCAUUUCCACCGUAUCACUGCACGGCCGCGCGAAAAUGUGCAGCGCCACAAGUGCAUUCCGGCCCCGUGAGUAAUCGUAACAGAGGAUCGCUAGCUAGUGUGCUACCCUGUACGGCGCAGGCGCAGCCAUGAGCAACAGCGGCAGGUGGCGGAGGAGGACGAGGUCCGUAGCCCCUUCGCCGGCCACCUCUUCUCCGUCGUCUCCUGGCCUCCGAGAAGCGCAGCCGUUCCGGCUUCCCCAGUGGAAGUUCUCCCAGGUCCUCGGCGAACUGCCGCCCGCGGCCGAAGCCCGCCGCGACGGCGCUCCCCGUCCGCAGGACGACGACGAUGCGGACGAAAUCUCGGCUAUCGAGUUCGACGGCCGCGGCGAGUACUUGGCCGGCGGCGACAACGCCGGGCGCGUCAUCCUCUUCCGGAGGACCGACGGCGACGGCGACGACGCGCGGCCUCGCGCGGAGCUUGAGCGCACGGACCGUGCCGGAGCGCCGCCGCCGAGGUACAGCUACGCGACGGAGUUCCAGAGCCACGAACGGGAGUUCGACGUGCUGGACAGCUUGGACAUCAGCGAGAGGAUUAAGAAGGUGAGGUGGUGCGCGCGGCCCAACAGCUCCCUGCUCAUGCUCGCCGCGAACGACCGCACGGUCAAGCUCUGGAAGGUCUCCGAACACAAGGCGGAGGCGCCGAAGAAAGGGAACGGUCGGCCGAGUUGGGGCACCGCGGCGCUGUCGGCAGCCACGAAACUGCCGAGGGGCUGUUCGUCUGCAGAGCCUGACGAACGUCCUGAAAAGGCAGCAGGCGAUGUCGGAGACGGCUACUCUGCGAAAUGCCGGAGAGUCUUCGGCCGCGCUCACGAGUUCAACAUCCACUCCGUCUCGACCAACUGUGACGGGGAGACGCUGGUGUCCGCGGACGACGUGCGGAUCAACCUGUGGCAUGCGGAGGUGACGCGCCAGUGCUUCAACAUCGUGGACAUGAAGCCCGCGGACAUGGAGGACCUCGUAGAGGUGAUCACCACGGCCGAGUUCCACCCGUCGUCCUGCAGCAUGCUGGCCUACGGCAGCUCCAGCGGCCUCGUCAGGCUGGUCGAUCUGCGGCGAUCGGCGCUGUGCGACCACAGCGUGAGAAUGUUCCAGGACCGCGAGAACCGCCCUCAGCCCAGCACAUUUUUCAGUGAGAUAAUCUCCUGCAUCACCGACCUUAAGUUCACAGGCGACGGGGAACACCUUCUGACUCGCGACUACAUGAACCUCAAGCUCUGGGACCUGCGCGUGGAAACCUCACCCGUCGCAACGUACAAAGUCCACGAGUUCCUUCGCCCAAAGCUGUCGGAGCUGUACACCGACGACUACAUCUUCGACAGGUUCGGCUGCUGCGCCAGCAACGACGGGGCCUACUUCGCUACCGGAUCUUACAGCAAAACCUUCAGAGUUUUCUCCCGUGCCGCUGCGCAGACAUGCGGCGCUACGUUGGAGGCCAGCACCAACCCUUACAGGUCAGGAUGGUCAUCCGAGGUCAGACGGCAAGGAACAAGUCUCGUGCAACAUGGCGUCCAAGGUGAAGCAUCUAGCAUGGCACCCGGCAGAAAACUUCAUCGUUUGCGCAGCCAAUAGCAGCUUGUACAUGUACCAUACAUAAGCACGCUCAUGUUAUGUGUGCAGAGUGCAAAUCACAGAACAGCGUUCGUAGCUAAUUAGAUUGAAGCCAGAAAAGAAGAUACUUUUCCCAUGUUAGGGCUUGUUCGGUUAUUCCCAAUACACAUGGAUUAUAUGGGAUUGGAAAAAAUUGAGAAGAAGUUUGACUUGUUUGGGAUUCAAACCAAUCCAAUCCCGCUCAAUCCACAUGGAUUGAGAGCUAACCGAACAAGCCCUUACGGUUGCAUGUUGUGAACAGGGAUAUUGAACUGACUGUACAUUGUCAAGGAUCUUGGAUCUUCAGCAGAUCAUAGAAAGGAAAAGAUACUCUCGUAA